CAGGAAACUACUGACAUCAAGAAAAAACUGUCAGCGUGAGCUGACACAGAAACAGAAAGUACAUCACUCGGGAUACAAUAUAUAUAUAUAUAUAUAUAUAUAUAUAUAUAUAUAUAUAUAUAUUUUUUUUUUUUUUUUUUUUUUUAAUACAGGAAAAAAGUCAGAACUGUUUCAAAGAAGAUGUGUUUCCAUUAGUGAGUUGGACUGAUAGAUAUUGAGAAACAGGGAGUUUAUCUGAUGAAACGUUGUCUGCUUUGGGUUGCGGUCACAUGUUCAUGGGUUGUAGUGUGUUUCUGCCAGACAUUCAUGCAGGGACCACAUUCACUCAGUCAAGGGGUGUUCGGUGUGAAUCUAGUGAGUUUUGCCUAUAUGAAAACAGUAUGAAAAACAACUCUCUCAGUUCUCCCUGAAAACACACAGACCUCAGUAGGUGCUCUGAAUCAGGUGGUCAGGAAUGCAAAAUGUGUUUAGAAGAACCGGACACAUUGAAACUACAACUCUUGUGCGGAAGUAGCAAUGUCAGAAGACUAUUUCUGGGAUUUUUUAAAUAACCACAUUUUGAUAAGGUAUUUUUGUGUUUACUGGAUGCUGUUUUGGACUCUGAGAGGUUUCUAACAACGUGUGCCAUCCCAAAACUACAGUGCAAUGCCAAGCUGAACUCAAUAAACUCUCAACAUUCAUAGAGUUCAUUGGAAAACUCUCGGAUUCCAGUUAAAUGAGAGGAAGAUGAGUGACAGCAACCUCUCCUGCAAUACCACUGAGCUACAAGCAAUACGAGAUUAUCAGCAUCAUAUUUAUGCAGUCUUCUACACAGUCAUUCUAGUUCCUGGACUGAUCGGCAAUGUUCUCGCGCUCUGGGUUUUUUAUGCCUACAUAAAGGAGACAAAGAAGGCAGUGAUAUUCAUGAUCAACCUGGCCGUCGCUGACCUGCUGCAGGUGCUAUCGCUUCCUCUGCGCGUCUACUACUAUUUGAACAAUUCAUGGCCUUUCGGUAAGAUCGCUUGCAUGAUCUGUUUCUAUGUGAAAUAUGUCAAUAUGUAUGCCAGCAUCUUCUUCCUGGCCUGCAUCAGUGUGAGACGCUGUCGACUCAUCAUCCAGCCGCUGCGCUACAGCAGCUCAAAGAGACGGCGGGACCGCAGCUGGUCUUUAUUCGGGUGGUUAGUGGUGUGUUUGGGAUGUCUGCCGUUCCCUCUUCUACGGAAAAACGCAGAAGAAGAUAAAGAUGCAAAAUGCUGCUUCGCCGAGCUACCCAUGAGAAAACUCAGCAUGGAAGAGGGAAUAUCCCUUGUGACAGCUGCAGAAAUCACCGGAUUUCUUCUUCCGCUGGCUGUAGUGGUCACCUGCACGUGGUUGACCGCAGCGAGUCUGCGUGAGAAAACUUCCGUACCGCAGGACACGGGGGAAAAGCACAAGGCGCUCAAGAUGGUGUUGAGUUGUGCUGGUGUAUUCCUGGUCUGUUUUGUGCCCUAUCACAUAACUUUCCCUUUAGACUUCUUGGCCAAAUCAGCUACCGUUAGUGAUAAAUUUAGGUUUGCAGUCCUCCAUGUUCAUCCAAUUACCUUGUGUCUAGCGAGUCUGAACUGCUGUCUGGAUCCAGUGAUGUACUACUUUACCACCGAUGAGUUUAAGCGUCGCCUGUCCAGGCCAGAAUUGCAAGAAAGUUUGCAGUUACAAAUCAGAGGUUCUUGCUCCACAAACUGUGAUGUCUGAGGCCUCGAGUACAGACAGAGACUGCACAGGGACGUCGCUUUUAAGCCAUAAAAAAACAACAACUUUCUGAAUGUACAGUCGAUGAACUCCAAACAUAUUUGUUGAGAAAUGUGUUUUCAGACUGCAGAAUAUUUUUGAAACUCAGCUGUGUAUUGAUAUGAUUUGUUGUGAUAUGAGACCAUUUCUCAAAUAAACCUUGUUCUGCUCUUAAAGUUCAGGGAAUGGGCAAAAAAAAAAAAAAAAAAAAAAAAAAAACACUCAGUGAUCAUAUUUUUGUAGAAACUGAUCUUUUUUUUUCAGUAUUCUUUGAUAAAUAGAAAGUU